CGUUAGUUCGCAGCAGUUCAGCAUGAAGGCCCCUUUGCAUGUGUCGACGCCUUUGAUAACGCGCGUCUUGAUCGCGUUUUUCAAUCGGCAUGAUGUAAAACGGUGCUCAACGAGCCACGCGCAAGCUGCAGUGGAAGAAUCCUCGAAGGCGCAGCAGGCGGACGAACUCAAGGCCAAAGCGCCGAUGAAAAACCCAGACGCAUCUAAAAAGCUUGGCGAUGCGGAUCGUAAGCCAGCUGCUGGCGAUGAAGAGUCCACCGGCCCGAGUGACAACGACAGCGGCACAUCAUCUGGAGAAGAAGCGGCAGCAUCUGAUAAGGAUGACAUUGGAGAAGCAGAAAAUGCAGACGCAGACUCAAAUCAUCACGAGAAGUCUAGUGGUGCUACUUCUGCUACUGGCUGUGCCUCAAAGUCCGCAUCUAGUGCUUCUGCUAGUACUUUUACCACGACAACGCGAUCGAAAACAGAGAAGAAGAAAAAAGCUGCUGCGAAAAGCGCAAACAACAAAAAGAAGAAGCAAUCAGUGCCGACGUGCUUCUUCAAUAUGGAGAAAAUGCGUUCGCAGUUGCCACAUCACUACCCUGUGCUUGAAGUCGAGCGUAGGCAGCGCUUCACGGUCACGGAGAUGGACAUGGACCUGGGCGGACCUGCUUCACCGAGGACCGGCAAUCAAGUAGAGCGCUGCUACUUUCUAGUGGUGUGGACGUUGUCAGGCGCGAUCCCGGGAUUCAGUGGAAUCGAGCUCAUACGAAGUUCCGAAGCAGCAGGAGCGAACAGCUCCAGUUUCACUCUGGAUUUGGCAGACGCUUUUCAAACUUAAGGCUAUUCUGAUGGGGGGGGAACGAACUUGAAGGAGGUCGCUAUCAAGGAACUUUAGACUGUUCUUCCUUUCAUUUCCCUGGCAGACAGAAGCUCUAACAAACGAUCGAUGCGGCAGCGCUGGACUUUUCGCACGCAUCUCAUCCGC